AUGGGCGGUGAGUUCAGGCCAUGCAGCAACUCGAUCUUGCAGUCCUUUCAACCUCCGUUGGACGAUGCUGAUUGUGCCGUAUGUCCAUGCAGGCCGCAACCGUUCCAUGUCCUAGCGGGCCCCGGUUUGCGAACAGGUGAACGUCUGGCCGUCGAGUUCGAUGCAGCGAUAUUGGAUCUGGUCGCGCCCGUUUCCAAGAUUCAAGCCGAGUCUGUGGUCGAGUUUGAGCUGCCUUCGCUGUUCGAUCAGAGGCCACACGAAGAUUCGACGGUGGAGGCCUGGCUUCAAAAGUAUUUAGAUUCGGGUGGCAAGGAUGGAGAGAUCGUGUUGGAGGCGAAAUGCUGUGCAAAGUUGCAGCUCGCAAUCGAUGAGCAACCCGAGGUCUGCCCAGUUUUCCGGCACCUGAUGUCGCAGUUCGAGGUUGCCUUGGUGGCCUGGCUGGAGGAAUGGCCUCCGGCUGAACCCCGCCGAGAGGGGCUCUGCGUCAGCGGCGAGAUCUCUCCAGAGCUGCUGGAGCUUCAGCUUCAUAGUGUUUUGGCCUUGCUUGGCGAAGGCGACUUACUCGCUGCGCUGUCGGAGCACCAGGCUGUGGUGGACAGUUUCCGCAGUGUUGCCAUAGCCUGGAUUUUCAAGCUCCACUCUCUGUACGGCCUGGAUAUCCUCAGUCAGCAUGAGCGAGUGACCACGAACAGCGCCAGUCAUCUGUCGAUGCUGUCUUGGGAUCUCUUUCAAGUGGAGGAGCUGCUGCAGAGCCCCUUUUUCCGUCCCCAAGAACUGAGCCUAUGGCGCUUUGCCAAGCGCUGGUGCGUUGAAGGCGCAGGCGCGCCAGCAUUCGUGGAGGAGUCGGAAGACGCAGAAAGCAAGGUGGAGGUGCUUCCGUCACCAAACAAGGACGAGAUCGAUGGGGCCUUUUCCAAGGUCUUGCUUUGGGAUUUACUCCCGCCCAGGGACGAGCUGGUCGCGCAGUUUACCGCCGCGCAGUCUGCGGCGGCAGUCGAGGGCGAGCAGACGCCUGAGAACUCGCAGCACGGGACUAGCAAAGGCCCGACGGAGCUCUCGACAGGCGACCCAGAGGCGGAGGAAUUCCAGGAGGAGAAGUCAAAGGCCUCACGGCCCCGUCGAGUGGACGGUUCCACCUUCGUCCGUGCGGAGCGACGUGCAGAUUGUGUUCUCAAACCCUUCGAGGAUGCCGAUGCUCUGCAUCUGAGAUAUGCUGAUGACUCUGCGAGCCUGCGCUGUUGGAAUUCAGCGCCAGAGCUGCAGGUUUUGGGUGGUUCGAGACAAGUUCUUGUCUCCACUGUGCCAAUGACAUCCGGAGGCGGCGGCCGCUUUCGCUUUGACCUGCGCGUGAACUCUGGGAGUGGUGCAGACGCAGCCCCUCUGUUUGAGUACAUGCGACGAAGCAGCCCGCAGUGGGAUCUUGCCGCCAUGGCAGCCGAAGGCGCUCCACGGUGGCGAGACAGAGGCUCGGGCCCUCGAGCUCCUCCAGCUCCUCGCUUACCUUGGCGUGGGCGUACCCGAGAAGCUGCAGAACACCAUGGGACGCACAGCCAUGACCCUUGGGACCCAUGGAGCCUUGCAGCUGGUCGUGAUCCGUGGAGCAGUGGUGAUUUCGGAGAUCCUUGGAAUGGCUGGGCAACCCUCGACAGCGAAAACCCAUGGGAAGACUCCUGGGAUGGCUUUGCAGUUCAUAGUUCUGAUACGCGCCCGUUCUUCUUCGCACCCUUGAAUGAGCCGCUGAACGUCCCGCCCCCAUCGGUACCAGUCCACUCGCACGAACCAGGCCAGAUUGGUCCUUGGCGAGCGACGUCCUCAAGCAGCCAGUCAGGCACUGGCGCCAAUGUCCGCAACCUGCCGCGACAUGAUGUUCCGAUGCCUGCCCCGAGAAUUGCCUUCACCGAGGCGACCCGUCAGGAUAUGGGCCAGAGCUCUUUGGAGACGACAUGGAUGGGCUCUUUGCGUACAGAGGAGCCGGUCAUUGUGCCACCAAGAGCUCCACCGCCGUCGAUACCUCCUCCUCGUCCACCCUACUUCGAGAUGUCGCAGGUUGUGUUUCAUCGCGGCGACAGCUUCGGUCACGGCCGGGACCGGGACAAUUUCGUGUCCGGUCCUCCGCCUGGUGGUCCGAUUCCUGGUCCAAUUCCACCGAUUCCACCUGGACUUGUCUUUCCCGGAGGUGUUGGCCUCGGCGUUGGCGUCACUGUCUGGGACAUCGGAAGCGUUGCCUCCUUGAGCUCGACCCGAUCUUUGGCGAGGGGAGUGAUCGAAGCCCACACCGCACUUUACACCUUCAAGCAAAAGGAUGUGCGGGGAGAGGCUUGCGAUUCUGCAUCCAAGAAGUGCUGUAUCUGCUUGGAGGAUUUCGUCGAAGGGCAGCAGCUCCGCAUCCUACCAUGCUUUCACAGGUACCACCAGUGCUGCAUCGAUGAGUGGCUUUGUCGCAGCGACGAAUGUCCGCUGUGCAAAUUCCGAAUCACUGCGGACGACACAGCUUUGAUGGAUUCCGUUGAAGUCUCAUCUCAUGGAUCGGCCACACCACGAUCACCACCGCUCGCCACUAUAGAGAGUGGGAGCGAAGAAACCGAUGAAUCUGUACAGGGUAGAGAUCGCUUUUGGUCGCAUGCAGUGGGGGUGAACGAUGCAUUUCAUGACGACGACUUUCUCAAUGCUGGGGCCUGGUCGCCGCUUCGAGAUGAACGGCAGGCUGCAGGCUCGCCUGCGCCGGCAUUUAUAGAGCGGACCUGGGAUCGCUUUGGUGGAAUCAACACGCAAGUCUCGAAUCUCACUGCUGCUCUUCAUGCAGAAAUGCAUGAAGCACCUGGAGCUCAUCAGGUGCCAGAGCCCUUUCAAGAGGUGCCGGAGCCUGGGGAAGAGCCAGCGCCUUCCGGAGACCUCGCAAGCGUGCCGAGGGGUGAGGACUCGCAAGAUCUGCGGCCGCGCGCAGAGCAGGUGGGAGCGCAGGACUACAUCUUGGAAGUGUGGGAGCGGUAUCAAGACGCCGAGGGCCGGCAUUGGUUCUUUUGCCCCCGCAACAACGAUUGGUUCUAUACUGACGAAGCCGAGACAUCAUGCUGGUAUCAGUUCUGUGACCCGAACACGCCUGAGACGUUGUGGUGGUGGAACUCGCUGACAAACCGUGCUUUCUUUGUUGGCUUGAUGGCUGACCCGGCCGCCGGGGUCGCGUUCCAGGUUGGCCAGCCAGGUGUUUGCCGUCCUUUGGGUCUCGGGGUGCGCCGCAAGUGUGCAGCGAGCAGUGUUGUCGGAGAUGACCGGCAAAAGUCAGCCCUGCUUGGUUGGGUCAAGAAAGUUGUCCACAACGGUGAGCCCUUCUUCCGUUUCCUGACUGUUCUUGAUAUGCUCGUGGAGGGAGUGCGGCUCGUUGUGGAAAUCGAUCUCAACGAGGAGCGCAACCGUGCCAUGGUGAUGUCGGCGUCCACCUCAGAGCAGCUGGGGCUCAAGGUAGGAGGAGCACUUUUCUCGGAAAGUUACCUGGCUACCGUCAGCUCGGCAGCGGGUGAUCGAGGCUGCUGCCAAUUGUCGCAGGUUGCGGUCGCCACUCCGUGCUUCAUGUGCUAUGUUGAGGCAACCGACCGCUCCUGCAAAAUCAUCAGCUGCGCGCGCAGCAAGCAGUGGCAAUUGGCACUGCUCCAUGAUUGGCAAUUAGUCAUGUUACAGGCUGCCGGGAAGCACUCAGUCUUUGUCGUCAGCUUGUGCGCACAGUGUCAAGCUUGCAGCUUCUUGCUGGACGGCUGGGGUGCCACAGUGGAGUGGCAGUUUGUGCAGCCAUUACCGCAUGCUCUGCAGCUGCUCAGGGACUUGGACGACUCGCUUCUGGAGGCGAAUAUUCUUCACGUCAGCGCCGCAAUCACGGCCUGUGAUAAAGGUGGUGCCUGGAAGCAGUCGCUUUGUCUGCUUUCUGGCGUCGAGGGACGAAGUUUGGAAGUAGAUGUCAUCGUGGUCAACUCGGCCAUCAGCGCGUGUGCCACUGCAGCAGAGUGGCACCAGGCCUUGCAGCUUUUCCAUGGGAUCUGGAAGCUGGGUUUGAAGUCUGAUGUGGUGUCCCACAACGCUUUGAUCAGCAGCCUCGAGAAAGGUGCACAGUGGCAGCUGGCCAUGUGUGUGUUCGAUGAUAUGAUCCGCAGCGCGGUAGAAGCUAACACCAUCACCUACAACUCCUGCCUCAGCGCUUGCGUCCGGGGUGAAGAGUGGCAGAAGGCCCUACACAUCUUUCGAAUGCUGCAGAAGGAGUCGGGCUUGCAGCCAAGCGUCGUCUCCCUCACUGCAGCUGUCACUGCCUGUGCUGCAGGCGACAAGUGGCAAGCCGCGAUUCUGCUUGCAGCUUCGCCAGCCACGAAAGCAAAGCCAGCCACAGCUGCUUGCAAUGCUGCGAUUUCCGCUUGUGGCAGCUGCGCGAAGUGGGAGCACGCACUGGCUUGCUUUACGUAUGCGCUGUCCUGCACGAUGCGCCCUGAUGUCAUCACAGUCAGUGCUGCAAUCAGCGCCUGCGAGAAGGCCGCAGAGUGGCAGCAGGCAUACGAGUUGUUCGGCGGUCUGCAGCUGCUGUGGCUUCAGCCAAACGUGGUAGCCGCUGGAGCGGUCAUCAGUGCGCUCGAGAAAGGAGGAGAGUGGCAGAGAGCUUUGCAUCUGCUGAUGGAAAGCCGGAGCAACGGGCUGCAGGUCAACACUGUGGUCCUGAAUGCAGCCGUGAGUGCCUGUGAAAAACGUGGGCAGUGGCAGAUGGCAUUGCAGGUGCUGCACGAUGCCAUCGGCGAGGGGAUCGAAGCGGAUGUUAUCUCUUACAGUGCGGCCAUCAGCGCCUGUGAAGAAGAAGGUCAGUGGAAAGCCGCACUGCAGCUGCUACAAGGCUUGAGAAGCAGCUAUCUGGCGGCGAACGUGGUGGCACUGACAGCAGCGAUUAGUGCUUGCACUAAAGGCAGGAACUGGCAAAGUGCCAUUGCUUUGUUUGCCGAACUCCGUGCAGCAGCACUGCAGCCUAACAUUGCCAGCUAUGAUGCCGUUCUUCUAGCAUUGGACGAGUCUGCGCGCUUCGAGGAGGCGCUCUCGCUUUUUGAAGAGUUGAAGACGGUCUCCAUUGAGGCCGAUUCGUUCCUGUACCGGUGCAUGCUCAGCCUGUCCGAGAGAGCGGGUGAUGGCGUCUUUGCACGAAGCUGCCUCCGUGACCUCGAGAACAUGGCAUCAGAUUCCCCUCAACUUUCCAAUUUCCGCAUUUCCGGAGUGGAAGAGUUGCAUGCAUGGCUCUUGGCACUGCAUUGGUCCUCGCAGCACGACACCAGAUCUGCUUCUGCACGUGCUCGAGAGCUGGGACCUGCGUUACUUGCGAAUGCAGCGCUGACGUCCACCCGGAUCAGCGACCGCGCGCUCAGUCGCAUCAUUAAGCAUUAUGGCCGGAGUCUGCAGUGGACAUCAGCCGUGUAUCUCCUGCAAGAAGCCCGUGCUCGCAAUUGGCAACCGAACUGUUUCGUCCACGGGGCAGCCAUAAGCGCUUGUGCUCAUGCAGGGCGCUGGGAGCAGGCUGUGCAGCUGCUGGCCGAUCUGCGGGAAGACCGGUUGGAUUCAAAUAUCAUUCUCGUCAGCGCGGCAAUCAGUGCUUGUUCUCACGCCGGGUGCUGGGAACAGGCCGUGCAGCUUCUGGCCGGUCUGGGGGAAGACCGGCUGGAUGCAAACAUCAUUCUCGUUUCCGCUGCCGUCAGCGCCUGUGAGAAAGGCGGGGCUUGGCAGACCGCUUUGCAAUUACUCGGGGACCUCACUCGCAGCCGCAUCGAUGCUGAUGUCAUCAUCACAAACGCUGCAAUCAGUGCCUGUGAGAAGGGCGAGCAGUGGACUCAGGCCCUGUCGCUCCUGGCUGGCCUGGACACGGCUCGACUUGAAGCAGAUGUGAUCUCCUACAAUGCUGCAAUCAGCGCUUGUGGAAGAUGUGAGAAAUGGAGUUUGGCUGUUGGGCUACUGUCCGACCUGCGGGAAUGCCGUUUGCAGGCAAGCACGAUCACCUGCAACGCCGUCAUCAGUGCUUGUGGGCAAAGCCAGGAAUGGCAGCGGGCGAUGAACUUCUUGCAAGAUGUGAAGGAACAGAGGUUGGAAGCCAGCACUGUAACAAUGAGUGCUGCCAUCUCUGCUUGCGAAGCAGGUGGACAGUGGACGAUUGCUUUGCAGCUUCUCGAAGAUAUAACCAGCUCCAGGCUUGAAGCUAACAUCGUCGCGUACAACGCAGCCGUCAGCGCCUGUGGCAUAGCUGGUCAGUGGGAGCAAUCCUUAUCUUUUCUCGGCCUCCUGCCGCAGCGCUCUCUGCAGCCAGAUAUCUACACCUACUCGGCGGUCAUCAGUGCCUUUAGCGAUGGCGAGCACUGGGAUCCGCAAUGGGAGCAGGCCCUUCAUCUCUUCGACGAGCUGUCAGAACUCAAGCUGCUUCCCAACAUCGUCACCUUCGGCGCGACCGUGACAGCUUGCGAGAAAGGUGUGGUGCUGCAUGUUCACAGGCUGAUGUCGUGCUAG